AUGAAUACAAUGGCCAAAGAAAAUGGAACUAAUAUGGAUGUUUGUGAUAUGGAAAUUGAUGAAGAUAUUGUUUUACACGCAGAUGUAGAAGGUGGUAUACAGGUAGAUGAUGAUAUUUACAUACCACCGCCUCUCAAAACAUUUAAUAGUGUUGACAUUAAUGGUCCUAGACUAAUGAUAACCAAGAUUGUUAAUGAAAAUUUUAAAAGUUAUAGAGGUACACAAAUUGUUGGACCAUUUCAUAAGUGUUUUUCAGCUAUUGUUGGUCCAAAUGGCAGUGGUAAAAGUAAUGUUAUAGAUUCAAUGUUAUUUGUCUUUGGUUAUAGAGCUACAAAGAUUCGUUCAAAGAAAGUAUCAGUUUUAAUACAUAAUUCAAAUGAACAUGAAAAUAUUAAUAGUUGUACUGUAUCUGUAUAUUUUCAACAAAUAAUUGAUAAACAAGAUGCAGAUUAUGACAUUGUGCCAAAUAGUGAAUUUAUUAUAUCAAGAACAGCAUUUAAAGAUAAUUCAUCCCAUUAUGAAUUAAACAAAAAGCGGGUACAGUUCAAGGAAAUUGCAAAACUUUUAAGAUCCUAUGGUGUAGAUUUAGAUCACAACCGUUUUUUAAUUUUACAGGGUGAAGUUGAACAAAUAGCAAUGAUGAAACCUAAAGGCCAAAAUGAAAAUGAUACUGGUAUGCUUGAGUUUUUAGAAGAUAUAAUUGGAACAGUUUGCUAUAAAGAGCCAUUAGAAAAACUGUCAGAUAAGGUAGAGCUUUUGUCGGAAAAUAGAGUUGAAAAGUUAAAUCGUCUUAAAAUUGUUGAAAAGGACAAAGCAGCUUUAGAGGAACCCAUGCAAGAAGCUAUUCGAUACUUACAGUUGGAAAAUACAAUUACAAAAAUAGAACAUCAACUUUAUUCUUAUGAAAGAUUUAUUGCGACACGAGAACUUGCAGAUCAGGAGAAUAAAAUCGAGGAAUUGGAUAAGGAUAUGUCAGAACUUGAAAACAAAAUGAAAGAAAUUUCUGAUGAUAUGAAGGAAAAGAAUAAAAUAAUUAAAGAGAAAAGUGCAGUAUGGGAUGAUCUAGAGAAGGAAAAGAAUAUAAUCACAGGAAAAUAUGAUAAAAUACGAAAACUUGAUGAAUCUCUUCAUGCCGAAUUAGUGGAAACAAAUAAAAGAAGAAAGGCUAAUAUUUCAUCUUUAAAGAGUGAGAAAUCUAAAUUAGAAGAACUGUCUAAAGUACCAGAAAAGAAUAUAAAAGAUAUUCAGGAAUGUGAGGAGUUAGUUGAGCUGAACAUGAAAAAUAAAGAAAAAGAAGAAGCACAAUUAGAAAAAUUGAUGGCUGAACUUAGUAAGGAAACUGCGCCAUUGUUGAAUGAACGUUCUGAACUUGAAAAGAAGUUAAUAAUUUUAAGAAAAGAUGUUGACCAAGCACAAGCAGCAUUUGAUAUUGCCCAAUCUGAAUUAAAGUUGUAUACUUCUAUAGAAUCAAUUGAAAAAGAGAAAUUGGAGAAAGUGAAACAUGAUUUAGAAUUUUCAACGAAUAAUUUAAUAAAACGAAAUGAAGAACUACAAAAUUUAGAAAACCAAAUUCCGCACAAAGUAGAAGAAUUGGUAAAAGCACAAAAAGAAUUGCAAGUAACGAAAGCAAUGGAAAUUGAAAUGAUUUCAAAGUUAAAAGGAAUGAGAAUUUCAUUUCAGGAAAAAAAGUUUGCAAUGCAAGCAAAUAAAUCAAGGAAUAAAAUUAUAGAUAGUUUAAUAAGAGAAAAGACGGAAGGUAGAAUUCCUGGUGUAUUUGGCAGAUUGGGAGAUCUCGGUGCUAUAGAUGGCAAAUAUGAUGUUGCAAUCUCAACUGCUUGUGGACCUCUGGAUAAUAUUGUAGUCGAUACUGUAGAAACGGCGCAAGAAUGUAUAACAUUCCUUCGGCAGAACGAUAUUGGACGUGCAACGUUUAUACCGUUAGAAAAACAACAGCGUUUUCUGGGGAAGUGUAAACAAAAAAUACAAACUCCAGAGAAUGUUCCAAGGUUGUUUGAUCUCAUACGUGUAGAGGAUGAAAGAGUAUUACCAGCUUUUUAUUAUGGAUUACAAGAUACGUUAGUGGCAAAUGAUUUAGAUCAAGCGACACGCAUUGCAUAUGGCAAUAAACGUUUUCGAGUAGUUACAUUGAAAGGCGAAUUAAUUGAACUAUCCGGAACAAUGAGCGGAGGUGGAAGAACAGUAUUGAAGGGGAGAAUGGGACAAAGAGUUUUGAAAAAUGAAGUAUCACAGGUAGAUGUUGAAACAUUACAGUCAAAUUUGGAUAAAACGUACGAAGAGUGCAAUCAACUUAAAGCUAAGUGUCAAUCAUUAGAAAAUCAGUGUCAUACUCUAAAUGUAAGUAUAAACAAUAUGACAGUCAAGAAGGAAAUGUUUUAUAUCGAAGUAAAGACGUUAAAAGAACAAGAACCAUCAUUGAUGGAACAACUUAAGAUUCAAGAAAAAAAAGUCGCAGGUUCAAAAUCGAAUCCGCAAAAAGUUAAAAAGCUAGAGGCAGCAGUGAGUGGGACUAAAAAUACUUUGGACAAAAUGAAAGAAAAUUCAGACACUAUUGAAAAGGAAGUAAUUCGUAUUAAUAAGGAAAUAGAUGUAUUAUCAGGGGGUACUGUGACAAAUCAACGAAAAAAGGUAGCUAAUAUAUGCAAGCAAAUGGAUAAAGCUAAAGCUGAAAUAUGCAGAUUACAAGUUGCUAUUAAAACGGCUGAGAGAAACGUAAAGAAAACUGAACAAAGAAUCGAUUCCUUGGAAAAUGAUGUACAUACCUGCGAACAAAGGCUUCGUGAUAUUCAAAAGGAAAAACAAGAGUUGGAGGGGCAGGCAAAAGAAUAUUCAAAACAACUUGAAGGCCUCGCAGAAUCUCUUUCAGAAAGGGAUGAAGCUUUAUCAUCCCUUAAAGAAGAAUUGAAUGCUUUACAGGCUAAGCAGGACAAACUGAAAGCUGUGAAAAUAGACCUUGAUCAAAAAUUGAAGGAGUAUAGAGCUGUAAUUAAAGCGAUAAGUCACAAAAUUCCACAGUUUACGAAAAAAAUAGCUAAUUUAAAACUUCAAAUAAUACCUGGAGAGGAUGUUGAACAGUUAAAAGAAUUAACAGAAGAGGAAUUUAAUGAAUUAGAUCAAAAAAGUCUUGUAGCUAAUUUGCAGAAAGCUCAGAAAAAGUUACCUUCAGAAGUUCCAAACAUGCAACUUAUUGCGGAAUAUAAAGAAAAAGAUGCAUUAUAUUUAAAACGUACUGCCGAAUUAGAAAAGAUUACAACCGAGCGCAACAAUAUGCGAGAAAUUUAUGAAACAGCAAGACGUCGUAGAAUUCAAGAAUUUCUUGCUGGUUUUACUAUCAUUACUGACAAAUUGAAAGAGAUGUAUCAAAUGAUUACAUUAGGAGGUGAUGCUGAGUUAGAAUUGGUUGAUUCUUUAGAUCCCUUUAGCGAAGGAAUUGCUUUUAGUGUAAGACCUCCUAAAAAGUCAUGGAAAAAUAUUUGCAAUCUUAGUGGCGGAGAAAAAACAUUAAGUUCUUUGGCUCUUGUAUUUGCAUUGCAUCAUUAUAAACCAACUCCUUUAUAUUUUAUGGAUGAAAUAGAUGCUGCCUUAGAUUUUAAAAAUGUAUCAAUUGUUGGAAAUUAUAUCAAGGAAAGGACAAAAAAUGCACAGUUUAUAGUUAUAUCACUAAGAUCGAAUAUGUUUGAACUUGCGGAUUAUCUGGUUGGAAUAUACAAAACGUAUAAUUGUACAAAAUGUGUUACAGUUGAUAUAAAAAAAUAUUAUGAAAAGAAUGGAAUUGCUCCUCCAACACAAAUUACAUCAAAAGACCUAUAUUCGUCACAAGUACAAAAAUUUGGUUUGCAAAGUCAACGCAAAGAAAAUGGUAUAUCAUCGAAUACGAAUGCUGUACAAAAUACAGAAAGAGUUCAAGAAAAUGAAAACGAAAAUGUAUUGGCCUUGCCUGAAUUGGGAUUGUGUCCAACACCAGAAAAGACACGUCCUGAAAAUAGCAGUCCCAAUAAGAAUAGUAACGAAAAUGACAGGGAUAAUUGCAAAACACCUGCAAAAAAGAAGCGUAGAAUAUAAAAUAUAAAAUACAGGAGAUAUUCAAACUGAUGCUACAGUCGACAGAAGGGUGAUUUCCCACAUAAAUCUGAAUCAGAAAUAUAGAAUAAAAUUUUGUCAUACGUGAUAUUAUUUUUAAGAAAAUUAAAUUUGGAAAUUUGUGAAAUACACAUCUAUUUAGACAAACUCUGCUUCGCUUGCUCGUAUUUGUAAAUAAUAUUGUAGGAUGGCAGAACUGGUCUUGAGACACCGAAA